UCAAAUUAAAUCAAUUGUCUUUCAUAGACAGUAUCCACAGCGUCUGGGAACACGAGCUCCGGACUUCAAAAAUAUAUUGUUUAAAUACUGAAAAGCUCGUAGAAUAUGGCAGAUCGGCCAAACGGCGAUAGGGGUAACAACAACAAUCAUGACCGUGACUAUCGAGGCAACUCUCAGGAAUAUCGAAACUUCCACAAUCGCAACCGAGACUUCCGUGAACGCAACAGGGAAGUCCCAACCGAUCCACCCUACAUUGCGUUUGUUGGCAACCUGCCCAAGGGCCUCGUCCAGGGGGAUGUGAUGAAGAUUUUCGAUGAUUUCGAGGUGAAGAGCGUUCGCCUCAUCAAGGACCGCGAGACAGACGAGUUCAAGGGCUAUGGCUACGUUGAGUUCACAACACUGGAUCAGCUAAAGCGUGCGCUCUCUCGCAAUGGACGCAUCAAACUGGACAAUCUAUCGGCGCCGCUGCGCAUCGACAUUGCCGACCAUCGACGCCAGGGCGGCAACGGUGGCGCCAACAGCGGCGGCGGCGGCGGAGGUGGCGGCGGCAGUGGCGCUGCCUCCGGCAGUGGCGGCGGCAAUCACAAUCGUCGCAACUUUCGACGCGACGGCAGCGCCGGCUCGCAGGGCUACCAGGGACAGUAUUCGCGCAAGCAGAAUAGCCCUGGACGCCCGGUGGGCAAUCGAUCGUCCAACAGCAACUUUCACAUGAACAGGCAGGGCAGCCCACGGCAAGGCGACUAUCGCGGCGGCCGUGGCGGUGGCGAAAGAAGGGGUGGUGCCAGGGGCGGCGGUGGUCGAGGGCAUCACAAUAACGAUGGCUACCAGACGAACGAUGGCAGCAACAGCAGCGACUUUGGCUCCUUGGGUGGCGGCAGCCACGACACGUCCAGCCUGGGCAGUCCCAGGCAGUGUGUGGAGCCGCACAUUUCGUCGACGAGCUUCCAGAGCAGUCGCAGUUUUCCGCACUAUAGCAACAACAACAGCAACAGCAACAACAACUAUAGCAACAACAAUCGCUACAACGACCGUAACAACAACAACUAUAGGCGAGGCGCCACCCAGCGCCAGCGCAGCAUCAGCAACGACAACGGGCACUACUCGAACUUCGGCCAGAACCGGACACGCGAUCGUCGCGGGCACUACAAUCCCAAUGAGCGGUACAAUCAGCCAUCGAACGGCACCGCUAGCCCAGCGUUCGCCAGUCUGGACGACGAUGACCGUCCCAAGAUCGUGCUGCAGCCGCGCACCGUCACCGAGCCGAUCAAUGCCCUGGCCGAGACGAAGCAGGCCGCCAGCAUCUUUGGGAAUGCCAAGCCGCGUAUGACUCAACCCACUCCGCCGAUCCUGCCGCGUGCCCACCCGGGGCAGAUGGACGAUUCGCAGCCAGGUGGCAGCAACAAAAAAUCGGAGCCAUAAGGCCCAGCCCACUCGCCCUAACCUUUACCCACAUAUAUAUUUAUAUAUAUAUAUAUAUAUAUAUAAAUCUAAAUUGAAAAGAAUGAAGAGGAAAAACAAAACAAGUGUAGCUUAGCCAAAAAGAAAAUGCGAAAAUUACUUAAUCACCGUCAAUCGAAACAACAUCCACAACAAGAGCAGCUACGGGAAGAUUUCAACUAUUCGGCCAACCUACGACCAAAUCAACAUUCUGAGACAAUCUCUAUGUAUAUCGAUAGAUACAUUCCAUACACGCGUACACGCUUUUAGCAGAUCAGAUCAUCAUGGCCCGUCUCGUUGUAAACUCUUGAAAAUCUCUAAUAAAUUUUUAUGUGAUUGUGUUAACUUUCUACGAAAUUUACACUUUCAUAUGCAGCAAUCAAA